AUGAGCUCGUUUGGCGCGAAGCGCAAGCCGCGCAUUAUCCAAACACUCGACGACGAAGACGACGAUGCGAGCCUUUUGAUCGGAGGCAGCGAGGGCACUAAAGAUAUUCCCAUAGCGCCGAUCAAAUUCGGACGCAACAAACCUUCUAAAUCCUCGUCUCUCCGGAAAAGCAUCAAUUUCAACGACAAGGACGAAACCCACGCUGGUGAUAGCAGCAUCCUUGGUAGAGAUGUCGGGACAGCUUCUUCGACCAACGAGGACGACGACGGCGCAUCGUCAGUAGCCAUACAGCCAUCGCUCAGCCGUUCCGGCUCUACGAAACAGAAGAAACGGGCGUCCACAUCCCGCCUCUCGUUUGGGCCAAGCGAGCCGGCAAGCACUAUCGAAGGCGACAGCACCAGCGGACAGCCCGAAAUUUCCACGCCCCGGAAGACGCUCAGUCAACGGGCGCUCGAGAACAACGCGCUACGUAAAUCCGCUUCCUCCCAAGGCCUUGCCCUGCGCUUUGGCGCUGAAGAGGAGCGUCCGAGGUACAGCAAAGAGUAUCUCGAAGAACUCCAGAGUUCGACACCCAACACGCCUCAGAACCUAGCGUCGCUACGCGUCGCCGACGACGGCGAUGUUAUGGACCUAGACCCGUCGGAGCUCGACGGGGCUCUGAUCGUGCAGUCGCAAGACGUGACCUGGCGGUCGCCAUCUGGCCAGGCACUCGUGGCACAGCGACCUCCGGCCAACGCAAACAUCCUCACAGAGGCUGAGAUCCGCGAGCGCAAAGAGCGGCGCUUGCGACUAGCCCACGAAGCCGAGUUCAUCUCGCUCGAGGGUGGCUCGGACGAGGAGGAAGAGGGGUCUGGCCGCGUGUCAGUCCGGUUCGAGUCCAAGAAGAAGGCAUCCGAGUCGCGGCUGAUCGCCGAGGAUGAGGAUCUCGGUGAAGGCUACGACGAGUUCGUGUCGGACGGCGGGCUCGCGCUGGGCCGGAAAGCCGAGCGCGAGGCGGAGAAGCGGCACCGGCAAGAGAUGGCGGAACUGAUCGGCGCCGCCGAUGGUGGCUCUGACGCGGAGAGCGACGACAGCGAGGCAGAGCGGCGGGCAGCCUACGAAGCUGCACAGCGACGGGCGGGCUUAGGCGGUCUGCAUAGACUAGACGAUGAAGGCGGCAUGGAUAGCGGCGGUGGCGUCAACAUAAUCCCGCGCAUGAAACCGCUGCCCGAGCUGCAAGAUGUUCUACAGCGUAUGCGCAGUCUUGUGCAGGGCUUGGAGGACGAGGCGGCGAGGAAGCGGGCGAGGAUAGCAGACCUCGAGAAGGAACGGGCAGAAAUUUUAGCCCGUGAGAACGAGGUGCAGGAGGAACUGAACAAGACCAGCGCCAAAUACCAGGCUGUCAUGGGCAGUGCUGCCGCUGCUGGUGAUAUGGCCAAGCUGGUGUCACAGUCGCCGCUGAGGCCAUUACCGCCUGGCAUGGCGGGCGACUUUCCUGUCGAGCGCGGUCUCGAGAGCUUUGGUACUCCAACCAAGAGACCAGACGUGGAGAUGACUUGA